AUGGUUGGCAGGAAGGGAGAAGCGAGGGCGGCGCAGGCCCUCAUCGGGGCGCUACCGAGUAAUGGGGGCAGGAUUCGAAGAAGUGCUGAGGGCGCCCCACGUUUCCUCCAGCCUGAUGAUAACAUCAGCGCCUGUCAGGUGGUUGGUGCGAGAGAGAAACCUCCCCAUGGCUCCAGAACUGGCCCUAAAGCAAGACUAGAGGCCAAAUCAGUCAACAACCCUCUCCCUGCCCAGCCCAGCUUGGCCCAGAUCACCCAGUUCCGAAUGAUGGUGUCCCUGGGACAUUUGGCCAAAGGAGCCAGCCUGGAUGAUCUUAUUGACAGCUGCAUUCAAUCUUUUGAUGCAGAUGGGAACCUGUGUCGAAGUAACCAACUGUUACAAGUCGUGCUGACCAUGCACCGGAUCAUCAUCUCCUCAGCUGAGCUGCUACAAAAACUCAUGAGCCUAUAUAAGGAUGCCUUGGAGAAGAAUUCUCCAGGAAUUUGCCUGAAAAUCUGCUAUUUUGUCAGGUAUUGGAUAACAGAAUUCUGGAUCAUGUUCAAAAUGGAUGCCAGCUUGACCAGCACCAUGGAAGAAUUUCAGGACCUGGUAAAAAACAAUGGUGAGGAGUCCCACUGCCGCCUGAUUGACACUACGCAAAUUAAUUCCCGAGACUGGUCCCGAAAACUGACUCAAAGGAUAAAAUCAAAUACCAGCAAGAAGCGGAAAGUCUCCCUGCUGUUUGACCAUCUGGAACCUGAAGAACUGUCUGAGCACCUCACCUACCUUGAAUUCAAGUCCUUCCGAAGGAUUUCUUUCUCUGAUUAUCAAAAUUACCUUGUAAAUAGCUGCGUGAAGGAGAACCCCACCAUGGAGCGGUCCAUUGCCCUGUGCAAUGGCAUCUCCCAGUGGGUACAACUGAUGGUUCUCAGCCGUCCCACCCCGCAGCUCCGGGCAGAGGUCUUCAUCAAGUUCAUCCACGUGGCCCAGAAGCUCCACCAGCUACAGAACUUCAACACAUUGAUGGCUGUGAUAGGAGGACUGUGUCACAGCUCCAUCUCCAGGCUCAAGGAGACAAGUUCACACGUACCACAUGAGAUCAAUAAGGUUCUGGGUGAGAUGACUGAACUGCUGUCCUCCUGCAGAAACUAUGACAACUACAGGCGAGCCUAUGGGGAGUGCACCCACUUCAAAAUCCCCAUACUGGGAGUGCACCUCAAGGACCUCAUUUCCCUAUACGAAGCCAUGCCUGACUAUCUGGAGGAUGGGAAGGUGAACGUCCAGAAGCUCCUGGCCCUUUACAAUCAUAUUAAUGAAUUGGUCCAGCUGCAAGAGGUGGCCCCACCAUUGGAUGCCAACAAGGACUUGGUGCACCUGCUAACGUUAUCCCUGGAUCUAUACUACACAGAAGAUGAAAUCUACGAGCUUUCCUAUGCCCGAGAACCAAGGAACCACAGAGCCCCCCCACUAACACCUUCAAAGCCACCGGUUGUAGUGGACUGGGCCUCUGGAGUAUCUCCCAAACCUGACCCGAAGACCAUCAGCAAACAUGUCCAGAGGAUGGUGGAUUCUGUCUUCAAGAACUACGAUCUCGACCAGGAUGGGUACAUCUCUCAAGAGGAAUUUGAAAAGAUCGCUGCAAGCUUUCCAUUCUCCUUCUGUGUGAUGGACAAAGACAGGGAAGGCCUCAUCAGCAGGGACGAGAUCACAGCCUACUUCAUGAGGGCCAGCUCCAUCUACUCCAAGCUCGGCCUGGGCUUUCCUCACAACUUUCAAGAGACCACCUACCUGAAGCCCACUUUCUGUGACAACUGUGCUGGCUUUCUCUGGGGAGUGAUCAAGCAAGGCUAUCGCUGUAAAGACUGUGGGAUGAACUGCCAUAAACAGUGCAAAGAUCUGGUGGUGUUCGAGUGCAAGAAGCGAAUCAAGAGCCCAGCAGUAUCCACAGAGAACAUCAGCUCUGUGGUGCCAAUGUCCAACCUUUGCCCACUGGGAACCAAAGAUCUGCUCCAUGCACCUGAGGAGGGAUCUUUUAUAUUUCAAAAUGGGGAGGCUGUGGACCACAGUGAGGAGAGCAAGGAUCGGACCAUCAUGCUCCUGGGCGUGUCCUCACAGAAGAUUUCGGUUCGGCUGAAGAGGACUGUUGCCCACAAGACCACCCAGACAGAGUCGUUCCCUUGGGUGGGCGGCGAGGUGCCUGCUGGUCACUUCGUGCUGUCUUCCCCAAGGAAACCACCACAGGAUGCUCUUUUUGUGCUUCCCAGUCCCACGUCACCAUGCCCCAGCCCAGUGCUGCUCCGAAAGCGGGCAUUUGUCAAGUGGGAGAACAAAGAAUCGCUUAUAAAACCGAAACAGGAGCUUCACCUCCGGCUCCGGACCUACCAAGAACUGGAACAGGAAAUAAAUACCCUGAAAGCAGAUAAUGAUGCCCUGAAGAUCCAACUGAAGUACGCACAGAAGAAAAUAGAGUCCCUUCAGCUUGCAAAAAGCAAUCAUGUCAUAGCACAGAUGGAUCGGGGUGAUUGUUCUUAA